AUGCGUUUCUCUGCUUCAAUUACUUUGGCAUUGGCUACCGUAGCCGUGGCCCAUCCAGGUGAAGACCACCACGACGAGCUUGAGCAACGUCGCUCCUUCGAAGCCAGUGCGGAGCGAUUGUCCCUCCGUCAUUGUGCUGAUACACUCAAGGCCAGAGGUGUCACCGACCGUAACAUUAAGCGUCGUUCUGCCUUGAUUGAGGAGCAUCGCCGAAAGCGUGGUAUCAAGAAGCGCGAUCUUGAGGACGUUCUUAACACGGACCACAACAAGACCGACCUUGGAUAUACACCCAACACCUCGGCCGAUAUCCUUUUCGCAGGCCAAAACUCAUGCGUGCUGACCCCGGAGGUCACUCUCGGCCCAUACUACGUCAGUGGCGAGUCUGUUCGACGCGAUCUGAAAGAGGACCAGGAGGGCGUUGACCUUAUUCUCGACUACCAAAUCAUCGACGUAACUACCUGCGAGCCCGUGCCAGAGCUGUACCUCGAGAUCUGGCACUGUAACUCGACUGGUGUUUACGGUGGCGUGAAUAAUCAGGGAAAUGGAAACUUUGACGACAAGGCCAACAUCAACAAGACCUUUGGCCGAGGUAUCCAACCAACUGAUGAAGAUGGUGUCGCUCAGUUUGAGACCCUCUUCCCAGGUCAUUAUGUUGGCCGUACGACGCAUAUCCACCUUCUGGCUCACGCAAACGCCACUCUGUACCAGAAUAAGACCCUCGGAAACGACAUCUACAGCAGCCAUAUUGGGCAGACUUACUUCGACCAGGACCUGAUUGACGAGGUUGAAGCUCUUGCUCCUUACAGCACCAACACGCAGGUCCAGACCACAAACGCUCGUGACGGAAUUCUGGCUCAGGCUGCCAACCAGGACUACGACCCGGUAGUUGAAUGGACCCUUCUUGGUGACACUGUUGCUGAGGGCGUCUUCGGCUGGCUGGCCUAUGGCAUCAACAUCACUGCCACUGAGAAGGUUACCCCUGCAGUCUUCAGAUAUGAGGAUGGUGGCCAUACCAACCCUAACUUUGGAGGUGGCCCUGGUGGGCCCCCGCCAUCCGCAGAGGAUACCACAAGCGAUUCUGCUUAG